AUGGGUGUUGUAUUUCACUACAGAGAUGCUUUGGGCCGCUAUGCGUUCUCCUUCCAUCAGGCCCAGAAGGCUUGUGAGGCCAUCGGGGCAGAAAUGGCCACUGCUGACCAGCUGCUGGCGGCUUAUUCUGAUGGAUACGAGCAGUGUGAUGCAGGCUGGCUGGCAGACCAGUCUGUCAGGUACCCAAUCCAAGUUCCCCGUGAGGGCUGCUAUGGAGACAUGGACGGGCAACCAGGAGUGAGAAACUACGGGACAAUGGAUCCAGAUGAACUUUUUGAUGUUUAUUGUUAUGUGGAACAAAUUAACGGAGAGGUGUUCCAUGACUCCGUCCCACAGCUGCUGUCAUUUGCCGAAGCACGGUCAUACUGCAGAGCCGCAGGGGCAGAGCUGGCGACAACUGCACAGCUGUACUUGGCAUGGAGUGAAGGUCUGGACCGUUGCAGCCCAGGUUGGCUGUCCGAUGGCAGUGUGCGCUACCCAAUCAUAACCCCCAGAGAGCGCUGUGGGGGGCCUCAGGCAGGCGUCAAAACCCUCUACCGCUUCAGCAACCAAACUGGUUUCCCAGAGCCGUCAAACCUUCACGACGUUUAUUGUGUGAGAGACAACAGAAAUGCUCCCACUGACUCUCCUUUCGACUACAUGGCCACAGAGUCUGAAGACAUCGGACAAGAUGUUGUUAUUCUUACGCGAACAGAUCAAGAGCUGCACCUGAACCAACAUGUAGAGGAAGUGGAGCGAGAGGCGCUUAGUGUAGUUGAAUCUUUUCCCUUUGUCUCACGUCUCUCCACUGAGGAAAACCUGGUGGACACGCAUCCAACCGUUAUAUCAGACACAACAGCGUCUCCCCUCAACACCACAUAUGUGGACCUCCUUCAGCCAUUUGAUGAAAUGUCAUCUGCUACGGAAAUGACCUCCCACUCCCAGCAACCUCUGAUGAACAGCACAAUCAGCAGCACAGAAACCUACAAUGUUCCACAAAAUACAUCACUGAUGCCUAGUGUUCACAAUGACACAGCUUCCCACCAGAGCUUGAACUUCACCGUUCACCAUUUUGAACCUGAAAACACCACAGGGUUUCCUGAACUAUCAUACGAGCCUCCCACUCACAACCAAACGGUACCAGACACAAACCCCGAAGAGCAAACACAAAUGUCUGAGAGAACGAAGGAUUCCCAAGAAGUACAAGAGACACAUUUGGAUUUAAUCAGAUCACAAGCCAAUUACAGUGAAGCAGACAGAAACCAUACUCAGGAAGAGAAUAUCCUGGAAGCGACACCAGAAACCUCUGACAACAUCCUCCAGCCUCACCUGGAGGAGGCAGCAGUAGCACGGCCUGAGCAGAGGUUUCUCUCGACUCAGUCGCCAAAAGAAGCAGGAGAACUUCUAACUACCAAAGCUUCAACUUCACUGUGGCCCCCUCUUGAUGGAUCUGGAGAUAUUUCUCAAGAGAGUGACCUUGACAUUGGAGCCGUCACUUCCAUCACCACAUCAGAUUCUUCCACUUCUGGUGUAACCACUCACCCGUCACCUUCUGCUUCACCUAGCAGCACUCCUGCUGAACCGCGGACUGCACUUCCAAAUCCAACGUCUUCAUCUGGGUCACCAAAUACUGAUAAAUUUGGCUUCAGUGUCCUCUCCACAGUAGCACAGUUAUGGGAGUCUUCCAUUUCAAAACAGGAGGGAAGUACAAGCUUAGAAUCUGAAGACGCAGUCACAAUAGAAAGUGAGGAGAAAACGCUGCACCCAACAAGGGCUCAAGAAAUCCUUGUUUCUGGAGCAAGUCUGGCAACCACAGAGUCUUCAGCAGGGCCAGACACUUCUCAGAUGCCCACUGAUUCCACCACAGAAGAGUAUAGGACAUCAGGGUACAAAGUGUAUUGGGACCCUAAAACCAUCACUUAUGAAGAGGCAAGUGGACAGGAGCCAGGUGCAGUUACUGCAGUCAUGGUGGAAGACAUUAAAUUUGCCCCAACCCUUGAAGAGGAAAUCAAAGUUUCCUCAAACGUUGAAGACAAGGCUGAUGUUUCCUUCACUGUUACUCCCACUAUUAAAGAUGAAGCUAAUGUUUCCCCAACCAUUGUAGAUGAAGCUAAAGAUUCCUUUUCACUUGAACAGGAAGAUAAAGUUUCCCCAACCGUUGAAGACGUGACAGGUACUCCAGUUCUUAAAGAUGAAGUCAAAGUUGCACCAACAUUUGAAGAUGAAGUUUCCUUUUCACUGGAAGUUACUGUUACCCCAACACACGAGGAUGAAACAAAUGUUGCCCCAACACUUGAAGAAGAAGCUAACAUUGCCCAAACGCUUGAAGAAGCUAAUGUUGACCCAACCAUUGAUGAUGCUGAUGUUGCCCCAACACUUGAAGAAGAAGCUAACAUUGCCCAAACACUUGAAGAAGCUAAUGUUGACCCAACCAUUGAUGAGACUGACGUUGGCCCAACCCAUGAGGAAGUUAACGUAGCCCCAACCCUUGAAGGAGAAGCUAAUGUUUCCACACCAUUAGAAGAAGAUAUUGUUACCUUAGCCCAUGAAGAAGAAGCUGACAUUGCUUCAACCUUAGAAGAAGAAGCUAACUUGGCUCCUACCAUUGAGGACUUCACCAUCUUUCCUCUCGAUUCUCUAACGUCUGACUGGGCUCUGCUGACAACCACAACUGGACCCCAAGAAUCCCUCAACGGUCUUGAGUACAGCAGGAAGACCUCCCCCACCACCUCCCCAGCAGCUCCAGAUUCCUCCUCGAGUACAAAGCCGACCAGGGCCACCAGGGCCACCAGAGCCACGACCACCGCCACCAUCAAGACCACCACACACUGGUCUAGACGCACCUGGAGCCCGACCACCACAACACAGAGAGUUUUCCACAAGACGACAGAGCCCCAGAAGGUGACGCACCUCAUACCACCAGUGGAUCAGGGUCUGGUGGAUGGUGAGUUUAGUCUCACCCAGCCGCCCACCCUGCUUAUCUUGCCCAAUGAGAGGGCAGCUGUGGGCGGUACAGGGAAAUCUUCAGAUGCGUGUGAAGACGACCCCUGUCUCAACGGAGGCACCUGUACGGACAGAGACGGGCAGAUUAAAUGUCUCUGUUUGCCAACGUAUGGAGGAAACCUCUGUCAGACUGACCUGGAGCAAUGUGAACCAGGCUGGGACAAGUUUCAUGGUUUCUGCUACCGACACUUCAGCCAGCGUCUGAGCUGGGAGGUGGCGGAGCAGCACUGUCGCAUGCUGGGGGCUCACCUGGUGUCCAUCAUGACCCCCGAGGAGCAGAAUUACAUCAACAGCAACUACAAGGAGUACCAGUGGACCGGUCUGAACGAUAAGACCAUCGAGGAUGAUUUCCGCUGGUCUGAUGGCAACCCUCUGUUGUAUGAGAACUGGUACAGAGGUCAGCCGGACAGUUACUUCCUCUCAGGAGAAGACUGUGUGGUGAUGGUGUGGCACGAUGACGGACGCUGGAGUGACGUGCCCUGCAACUAUCACCUGUCCUACACUUGCAAGAAGGGCACCACCUCGUGUGGUCCACCACCAAAGGUCCGAAACACCUCCAUAUUUGGAAAAGCUCGACAGAGAUAUGAAACAAAUGCAGUUGUGCGUUAUCACUGUGUCGGGGGUUUCCAGCAGAGACUCAAUCCUGUGAUCAGGUGUCUGUCCGGAGGCCUAUGGGAGAGACCACAGAUCAUGUGCAUCCCUGAGGGUGGAGGUCCAACACAGGAUCCUGAAGCGAUGUCACCGACCAACAGCAACUUUGCAGCGAUCGAAGACGGUUUUGAAGCCACUAAAGAGACGCCACAGUACUGGGACAUCAAGUUUUAAAAGUCAGUCGUUCUUUUCUUGUCUUGUUUUGUUAAACUCUGCUGCUGUAACAUGACAAAAGAUCUGGGUGCUUUUACCAAUGAACGCUCACAAUGAACCACAAAAGCGAAGGAAAAUGGGCCACAGACGACUUUUUAGAUGUGCUAACUUAAAAACAUUCCUAUUUUGAUUACCUUGAAAAAUGCAUUUAAAAUAAAAGAAGCGUUGUGACUGUCAGACAUUUAAAAAUAAUUUAAAGUGAUGACCUGAUGAGUCCUUUCCACUUGAAAGAAAUAAAGUAAAUGUGCAAAGUCUUGAUUUCCUAUACCAGCUCCAAAUCUACAUUAAUAACUGCUCUCUAUCUGGUUUUUGUGACGUCAAGAACCUUUUUAUUAAAUGGUGCUAAUGUCUUCAAACCUUUAUAUCCAACAGAUAUGUUUGUUUUCAGUGUGAUGUGAGAGUAGAGACGUGUACCUGCUUUUUUAAAUCUAUAACUCCAAAGCACAAAGCCAACGUUAACAAAAAAUGAAAUAAUUACUGUACAUAUAUUAUUAGCUGUCACUCCUGUGAUUGCUGUCGGUGUAUUGAAACCUCUGACUUCCAGCAGACACAGUUUUGUUCGUCAGCUUUAUGUUGUAAUAAAGUUUUGUAGAACAGAGCAAAGAAUAAAUCGUUCUCUUAUUUUACCCUCA